GCUACCAUCACGGCCAAUUGUCUGGAUGAGAAGCAGACUCUGCCUCACUUACCGUUGUGUGUUAGCUUGUGCCUGAACAGCAGGUUCAGGAUCAUAGUUUUUUAACCGCUCGUUGGUUCAGGACAGAUGCAGUGCUCUCAGCAAAUUGAAGGUUUUCUGGCACUGAAAAACAUGGUUGGACUGAGAAACCGUUCUACGUGGGAACCAUUGUUACUAAAGGCCUCCCACAUCAAGUCCUGUGCCAAUGGCUGCUCCAUGGGCAUAACUGCACACCUCACAUAUGCCAAUGCUUACACAGAAUCUGUGGAAGGUGUGUUUGUGUACCCUCUCGAGGAAAAAGAGGUUGUGGUGGGCUUUGAGGCCACGAUUGCGGGACGGCUGGUGGGAGUGCAUAUCCAGAACAGAGGGAAGCUGAAGGACUGCUGUUUGGAGUGCUGCCCUGGAUCUGUUCUUGAUGGACUCUGCGGGAGCAGCCAGGAGUGGAGCUGCUGCUGCGGGAUGUCUGGUCUGGACAUACAAUGCACCAACGGACACCUGAUUUUGGAUGAAGACAUGGAAAGAACCACCUUCAUUGUGGGCUGUGGAGUCAUUGGCCCCAUGGACAUAGUGUCUGUUAUCAUCAGCACCACACUAGAACUCCCCACUAUGGAAAAUGGAGCAAUCCGCAUUGUCUACCCGAAGCUGCUUACUCCGGUGGUGACUGGCCAGAUGACCACAAGCAAGAUUGAAAAUGGGGGAAAGUCAGAGGAAACUGGGCCGACCAGCUGCUUUGGUGCUACCUCAGGAAAACAGGAUCGGCCUUUAGACCCUGAGCAGCAGUGCUCUCAUGGCCUCUUUACCAGUCCUGCAGUCAACCUGGCACCGUAUGAACUCAACUUCCAGCUGCUGGUUAGAGGCGCCUGUCUACUGGCAGGUUUGGAGAGUCCUACACACGCUCUGAGAGCAGACGCAGAUCCUAGUGCCCAAAGUGCAUCUGCCACCUACAUUACUUUGGCUCAGGAGCAUCCAUAUGACAGACACAUAGAGAUCAUUUUACACCUCAGUGAACCUCACAGUCCACUGGUAAUCAUCGAGAAAGGUCGACUAUCCUUCAGACAGUAUAAAGAGCAGAUCGGCUCUCGCCGUGAUUACAUUCGAUACACCCGCAAAGAUUUAGAGCCCGAGAGAAGGCUGGAGUAUAUUCGGAGACGAUACCACAAGGACAUUCUCUGCAGCCCUGUCCUCAUGCUCAACUUCUGUCCUGACUUACUGUCUGAACCUCUGGAGCUGCACAAAGCUACCAGAGAGUUGCUGUUCCUGAUCGAUCGCAGCGGCAGUAUGAGUGGUACCAACAUACAUCGCGUGAAGGAAGCCAUGGCGGUGGCCCUGAAGAGUCUACCCUCUGGUACGAUGCUCAACAUAGUUGGCUUUGGGACCACCAUCAAGCCUCUGUUUACCUCCAGCAAGCUCUGCACUGAUGUAACGCUAAUGCAGGCCUAUGAGUACAUCCAGAGGAUGAGAGCAGAUAUGCGUGGCACCAACCUUCAGGGAGCGCUGUCCUGGCUCUACCAGCAGCCCAUGCAGCGUUCAUAUCCACGGCAGGUCUUUAUCAUCACUGAUGGAUCCAUCAGCAAUGUGGCAAAGGUGCUGGAGUUGGUUCGCAGAAACACAUGUGCUGGCAGAUGCUUUGGCCUUGGCCUUGGUCCCCGAGCCUGCAGGAGACUCCUGCAGGGAAUUGCCAAACUGACUGGAGGGACUACAGAGUUCCUUUAUGAUGAAGAGAGAUUUCAGCCCAAGCUAAUCAAGUCUCUUAAGAAGGCCUUUGAACCUGUCCUGACCGAUGUUCGGAUUGACUGGUACCUGCCAGAGAACAUGGAGGCCCUUCUUUCACCCAAUGAAAUUCCUCCUCUGUACCCUGGGGAUCGACUUGUUGGAUACUGCACUCUUUAUGACAUGACAGACUUCAAAGUAAAGAAAACAGAGUGCAUAGGACGGGACGGCAGAGGUGUGCACCGUGACUCCAUGGGUUCUGUUUUCACCCAUUCAAAUGAUGAGCCUUCACCUCCACCUUCCUCUGAGCUCAUGCCUGUGAUGAUCCAUGCAGACAGAACCGAGCUGGAGGAGGCUCUGAGAGAAAUUUCUAGAGAGAUUUCAUCUGAGUUUUCCUGUGCCAAAGACACUGACCUUGGAGUUAGCCCAGGUGUAGAGCUGGACUGGUCCAGCGAUAUAAGGCGGAGGAUACAGCAGAGCUCCUACAUUCAGGAGCAGUACGUUCUCACUCACUGCUCCCUGAGCAGCGAGCGAAGUCUUCAAACACAGGGUCACGUACACAUUCAUGCCUCAAGCUCUGACUCUGCAUGUGGGAGCUUUCUUUCCGACGCCCACUCCUCAGGUCCGGCGUUGGAAACAGGGUCCUUACCACAAGGCCUUGAGAGGAUGGCCCCUCCAGAACCAUCAUCCUUAUCUCGCUGGGCAGAUCCACCAUGGCAACAAAACCUUUCAGCGGAAACUCCUGAAAAUGUAGCCAAAAAUAACGGGCGCCUGGAUGGAGGCCAAGAGUCUCGAAGGAGACAGAAAGUGUUGGCUCGUUCAACCAUGGCAGCGCGGAGUUUUUCAUCACCACAGGGGGAACUGGAAAUGCAUCGCCUCCGAAGAGCUCUUGAGAGGGUCUCCUUUGACCAGACUCUUGGGGGAAGGUUGGAUGAAAGUGAUGGAGAAACGAGGCCUCCAUCAAGAGGUGCGGUUUCCCACAGAAGCCUGACUGACUCCAACGGACUCCUGUUCCCUGCCUCGCCCCUGGAGUGGGACAGCCUCACUGACCCGGAGUAUCUCUUCACCGCUUCCCAGCCUGAAGAUCCUCCCCGAGGUCAGUGUCGCUCCAUCAUUCACGGCCUCCUGUGUGGCAAGCCAGUGUCCUGGGAGGUUACUGUAGACGUAGGGCAUCUCUGGCCAACGGAGGACCAGGACAUCACAGGGGUCAAUGAAUGUGGAAUUGGUGGGGAAGAUGUAGGAAAGCCAUGGGAAGAGAUCAUUCACCACUUGACGGCUCGUUCAGUAAUAAGGGACUUUGAAAAACUGGCAGAAAAAGAGUGCGACACUGGACAUGGCUCCGGUAAAAGGUAUCGUAUGAAGGCUAUCCAGACAAGCAAGCACUGUAACAUCAUAUGCAUGUACACGGCCUUCACCAUUACAGAUGGCAGCACAAACAAAAGCCUGUCAGAGAGCACAGACGCCCUAAACACAGGGAUUCAUACAGGGAACAGGCAAACGUCCCAGCCCAGCGGUCGCAGGCAGAGGAUCUAUUCUGCCGGUUUGGGAAGACGGCGGAUCAGCGGAGAAAGGGAAGGGGCAGAAGACACCUGGAACUUUAUAGAUGCAGGUGGAUACUGUUCCAUGGCUCCUGUAACAACAGGGAUGUCAUGCAAUCGCUCGCAGCGAUCUAUAGAAAGCAAGUCAAUGGAGAGCUUCUUUAGUACCAGGUUCCAGCUGGGUCGUCUCAGGUCCUCAAUUUCUUCUGGAAAGCAGGUUCCCCUCAAGUCUCACUGUUUAUCUGCAGAGACCGACAAACAACCUGAGAGUGAAACUCCAGACUACCAGCCCCUGGUGCAUUUACAGCUAGCAUCAGGAGCUUUUCUUCUGACGGAGAUCUACUCAGAAUGUGUCCAAAUCCCCCUGGACCGCCUUAAGAGAGCAUCACCUUACAGUCUUCACCGACGUAGCCUCAGCCCAGCCUUCCGCUGCACCUCUCCCAGCGCUCCCUCUUUAUCCACAUCUGCCAAGCCUCCAGGUGCUCCCACUAUUCACCAUGUCACCUUUUCUCCUUCGUCAUGCUCUCUGGCCAAACCAGCUGCUCCUCCUUUCCACCACACUCCAGUCGACAACCCCUUGAUUUUGGAGUCAAGGCUACUUCAAAGGCACUUGUCGGAGCGAGACCCUGUCACCUCACCCCCUGACCUCCCGAGCUCCGAGGAGGGUUCCCUAGAGCUGUCUAUUGGCCCCUCUCACAGUCAGAGCCUCGGACAAGCAGAUAGCGGCCGUGGUUCAGAGACAGAUAUAUGCGAGGGGUCCUCAGCAGAGCCAGCAGACCUUCAGGGCAGCAGCCAGUUGGCCCAUGAGGAUCUAGAAGGUUCGACCUGGGCCACCGCUGUAGCUCUGGCGUGGCUUGAACACCGAUGUGCUGGCUACUUCAUGGAGUGGGAGCUGGUGGCAGCAAAAGCAGAUUUUUGGCUGCGCUGUCAGAUGCUGCCAGAGGGGGUUGAUGUCGCAGGGUUAAGAGGAGCAGCCAGGCAGCUGUUUCUGCUGCUGCGCCACUGGGAUGAAAACAUCAAACUCAAUAUGCUGUGUUAUAACCCCAAUAAUAUGUGAGACAAUCAGCUCAGAGGUGCAAAAUCAGAUGUACAGUCGUGGAGAAAAAUUAGGACACCCCAUUAAGUAUUUACUUUGGUAUCAGGAAAUGUUCACAUGGCAAUUUGUAAUCAGGUUUUUUUAAUAUCUGGAAAAGAAAGUGUUUACAUUACAAGUAAACACCAAAAAGUAAAUUUGUUUUGCUAAUUAAACAAAAGACAUUAACAACGAGCAAAAAAUUGGGCUUUGACUUAGCCCUAGACUUUAAUUAUGGUAUUAAAUAUCCAAAUGUCCACAUUUCCAAGUUUGUUAGAAAACGACAUGCUUUCUCUCACAAACCACUGCUUAAGAAAAGCUGUACUUUAUUAACUGAUACUGUAAACCAGUGCCAAAACAAUACUAAUUUAACAGAAGUGACCUUUUAUUCUAACUUUGCUUUAUGCAAACACAGGAAUGCCUUGACCAUCUGAAUAAGUGUUUCGUAGUUUAGAAAGUAGCUUAAAGUCCGUGUUAUGUAUACUAUGCCAAACGAAGAAUCAGUCAAUGAUUGUCAGGUUGGUUGUUUGAUAAACUGAUGAAAGAUUUGCUUAAAUAUUCUAUACAAUAAAAUUGAAUGAAAAAAAAACAACGUUAAUCUGUGUUUAUUUUAAGUUGUCUGGAUUCAGUCAGCCACAUAUUGCCCAUGUAGAACAAAGCUCAAAGAAACUGAAAAUUAUUUGAUUUAGUAAAACAAAUUUGUUUUAGCUUUAACCAUUUAAUUUCCAGCAGAUGAAGAAACAAACAUAAAAACUAGAACUUACCAGUCUAAACCUUCUGCUUUGACUGUUCAGUUUGCUCCUUUACCAGUCUGGUCUAUUGUCACAACACACCCUCAUUUAGUACCUAUGUACUUAAACCAUUGUGUAUCAGACCUUUUUCCAUUAAAUUAGUUUUAUAAAAUAUUGAGAUAGUUACAAAAAGGUUUCCAUUUCAAAAUGUCAUACUUUUCCAGACUAAAACGUGAAUUUCUGGACAUUUGAGUGUAUAUAAAAAAAAAAAACUUUGUUGGGUUUUAUUAUCUGUAUGUUCUGCAGAUGGUUGGCUCCGAAUUAACCAGUGUUAAGGGGUUGGUUUAUCAUUUUCUUUGGGAAGUUAAAUCAUCCCCUUAUUGAUAAUACGUGCUUAUCCUUGAAGGGUUGUGUGGGGGCCUGGGGGUCUUCCUGCAUGGAGUUUGCAUGUUCUCCGUGUGAAUUCUUCCUCCCACAGUCCAAAAACAUGCCUGUUAGGCUACUUGGUUACUCUAUAUUUGCCCUCAGGUCUGAGUCUGAGCGUGCAUGGUCCUUUAUUUCUGUGUUGACCUGUGAUGGACUGGAGACCUGUCCAAGGUGUACCCUGGAGAGGGGCACCAGGCCCCCCAACAACCCUGGGUGGGUAAACUGAUAGUGACAAUGGAUGGACAUUUUAUUUUUUCCAUACUUAUCUAGACCUGGAAAAUUAGAGAGCAAGUUUUAUACUUGACUGCAUAGGAACCCUACAUCAAAAUGCUGAGAUCUUACAUAAAAUGUAUUUGUUAUUUUCUGAAUACAUUUACUUUGAUUUUGGUUACCCAUUUAGAGUGGACCUUUAUGAAAUAUGACAAUUAGGACUCCCGAUCAGACCAAAUUAGCUCAGAAUAACCUCCUGCUGGUAUUUAUUGAAAUCAUAUUACCAUAAUUCCCUACAGUACACAAUAAGUAGACUAAGAAAAAUAACUUUUAAGUAAAGCUGGUGGGACUUCUUGCACAUCUGGUCUGAAACCUGAGCCCCGUACCCUCUGGUUCACAAAAACAUUGGGUGUAAAAUGAACAAAGUCAUAAAGGCCAAAGGUCUAAAUGAUAUAUUUUCAAAUCAUUACUAAUAGUUUUAGAGUCCUGAAUAAUGUAAAAGUAAUGUGUUAAUUACAAAUCCAGACAAGUAACCAUUACUGUUAACAGUUUAUUUGUAGAACUGCAUAAAUAUACAAAACAAAUAUGCAGGCCUUCAACAUAUAUCAGAUUUAUGUUGAUAUGCGGGUAAUUUAAUGCUUUUGGAUCUAACUUUAGCUCUUUGGGUCUUCUCUUCAAUCCAUCACAUUCAUGCACAAAUGCUCAUCUAUGCAAAUAAAUAUGGACAGAGACCUUUUUUUUUUUUUUAACAGAAUCAGGAAAGUUUUUUU